UCCGGUCGGUCCUCCCCCUUUCCCAGAAGCAAAGCAGAAGCUUCUCCCAUCCGGCCGGCCAUCCACCCUUCCCAGAAGCAAAUCGGAAGCUUCCCCUUCCCCCUUCCCAGAAGCAAAGCCUUUCGUCUGGGUCAGUGAUCCAACUUCAACGUUGUUGACAACACCUUUUGCUCCCUUUUUCACUUCUCAGACCAAAGCGAAGAAACCCUUUUUCCAAUCCAAUCCCAAAGCACUCUCCAGUCUCCUCUCCCACAGAAUCUCCAUCUACUCCACGCCCAUCUAUUCGUUUGUGGGACCCUAAUUCCAUCAACAAAGAUUGUUCUUCCAUCUUCUUCUUUUACCCAUCAAAAAUCCCUUUUUCAAUUGUUUAACUGUAACUGUAUGGAUUAUGGAAUUAGGAAAAAUUAUCAAUUUGUCUUCUACUCUUCUCUGUUCAAUUUGUCCACGGUUUCGUAUGGAUCAACAGUACCUUCUACCUCCUCCAUGGUGGUUUCCAUUAUCGGUCAUAUAUGACGUCAAAACGCGUUCGCUGUCAUUUCAUCCAUGUGACCUUUACCCCUUUCCACCCAAUUUUUUUAGCUCACCAAUACCAUCUCUAUUCUCUCAAAUGUUAACACUCUGUACUCUACUCUGAGUAAAAUUAAGUAUUUUAAUGGCAUCUCAGAAGCAUUAAGUCAAAUAAACUAUCCUCGUCCACGUGUUAUAAUCACUAUAUCUAAUUUGGAAUCCUUGAGGUGAGGAUAUAACUUAGAAUUUUCCUGCAACUUGUUUAGCUUUUUGUGUAUAAACUCUAGCCGUCCACCAUAACAACAUCUCCCAGUUGUUCCCGUCUUCUUCAGCUCGAAUUCCAAAUCUACAAAGACCCUUUACGUGGAGCCAAAAAUCGACACCUGAGAGCCCCCUUUCAAGGAAAAAGAGUCGAUUUUUCUUAAUUGUCCAUUUGUGGAAGCACAAUUGAUCUAGAAAGAAUGGGGUUGCUGAAUUCAAUAUUAAUAUGUUGUGGUUAGAGAAGAUUCAUCUGGUUACUUGUCAAGGUGACUCAAUGAGUAUCUAUCCUGCGUCCAUUAUUUCAGAAAGACAGAGAUAAUAGCCCACAACCUUUUAACUAUGAUGAAUUCUCAAUUAAGGUCUGACAAUGGUUCUGUCCGAAACAACUAUCAAUAUUACAAUGGCUAUUCAGUGGCUGGGCUAAAUCAAUUGGAAAGUUAUUCUUCAAGGCAAGCUUCUCUUCAACAUGGAAGUUCAAGCAGGUCAGACAGGCUGCACUAUCAACAAAUGCAAGAGGUCGAGAACUGUUGCUUGUCUCCAAAUUUCCCAAGUUUAGACCACCUCUUAUGCUCGGAUGAUGGCAGCCAAUUGAACAAUAUUCCUGGUGAGAGUUCUCAUGAACAGAAUUGCAGCUUGGAGUCAUCCUCGGCAACUGGCAGUUACAAUGUUUACAACACCCCAUCAACCAUCAGUUUCUCAUCUAAUGGGAGUCCUGUAUCACAGCAAGAAUCACAGUCAUACCCGUCAGACCCUCAUCAUUCCCCUGACAACAACUUUGGGUCUCCAAUAAGUGGGUCAUGCAUAACAGAAGAUUUCAAUCACAAGCUGAGGGAACUAGAAACUGCAAUGCUGGGGCCCGAUUCAGAUAUUGUGGACAGCUUUGAUAGCAACUUGGACGGAGUAGCCCGAGAACCACCUCCAGAGAGAUGGAAUCAAAUGGUGGAGAUGAUCCAUAGAGGGGACCUGAAAGAGGUACUCAUUGCCUGUGCAAGAGCUGUAUCAGAUAAUGAUCUUUUGACUGCAGAAUGGUUGAUUGCUGAGUUAAGGAAGAUGGUCUCAGUUUCUGGCGAGCCAAUCCAGCGGCUGGGAGCUUACAUGUUGGAAGGGAUUGUUGCAAGGUUAGCCCGCUCAGGAAGUUCCAUCUACAGGGCCCUGAGGUGCAGAGAACCUGCUAGUGCUGAGCUUCUCUCGUACAUGCAUCUCCUGUAUGAGGUCUGCCCGUACUUCAAGUUUGGAUAUUUGUCUGCCAAUGGUGCUAUUGCAGAAGCUUUGAAGGAUGAAAACAGAAUCCAUAUUAUUGACUUCCAGAUUGCUCAAGGUAGCCAGUGGAUCACCCUUGUGCAGGCUCUUGCAGCCCGGCCUGCUGGUCCCCCGCACAUCCGCAUCACCGGUAUAGAUGAUUCCCAGUCAGCUCAUGCUCGGGGAGGAGGACUUCAUAUUGUUGGACAGAAAUUGUCAAGGCUUGCCGAGUCAUGCAAUAUACCUUUUGAAUUCCGUGCAGCUGCUAUGUCUGGAUGUGAAGUUGAGUUUGAAAAUCUUGGUGUUCAUCCUGGGGAAGCUAUAGCUGUGAAUUUUCCAUUCAUGUUGCACCACAUGCCAGAUGAGAGUGUGGGCACUGAGAACCACCGUGACCGGCUGUUGAGAUUGGUUAAGAGCUUGUCGCCCAAGGUGGUCACGCUUGUGGAGCAAGAAUCGAACACCAAUACCGCUCCUUUCUUCCCGCGAUUCCUCGAGACUCUGAACUAUUAUACAGCUAUGUUUGAGUCAAUUGAUGUCAAACUCCCAAGGGACCACAAGGAACGUAUCAAUGUCGAGCAGCAAUGCCUGGCACGUGAUGUAGUGAACAUCAUAGCUUGUGAAGGCGCUGAAAGAGUGGAACGUCAUGAGUUAUAUGGGAAGUGGAGGUCGCGGUUUCUAAUGGCUGGGUUCACUCCAUACCCAUUGAACUCGUCUGUGAAUGCCACCAUCAAAGCUUUGCUGGAAAACUAUUGUGAGAAUUAUAGACUUGAGGAGAUAAAUGGCAUUCUCUUUCUUGGCUGGAUGAACAGAGUCUUGGUUUCAUCUUGUGCAUGGAAGUGAAUAUUGCAUCCAACAGGCGACUUCUGCUUGGCAAUCCUGUAUUUAGGCGGCCCAGGUAAGACCUGAAAUUAUGUUUCCUUGUUUACAAACAUGGAAGGAGUUUGAUUGUCUGAAUUCUCUGGAACAUAGUAAUCCAUAUUAACUCUUCCUGGAAAGCCAUCUCAUGUAGUGGCAACUUUUAUUCUGAAA